UCUCAUUACCAUCUAAUUCCUUGACUCUCUCUAUAUAUUCAGCAUUCUGAUCUGACUCUAAACUCAUUCACUCGUCCAUGGCUUCAUCCCUUGAUUUCACUUCAAUGGUUUCACUUGUACUACUAGUGACACUAGCCAUUUUUGCUAAUUCAGCAUGUUCAACAUCCAGGGGAGUACUGGAUCACCAGAAGCUGAAUGAUAUUGGGUUCCGGGUUACGCUCCAGCACGUCGAUUCGGGGAAGAAUUUGACCAAGUUUGAGAGGAUUCAACAUGGGAUUAGGAGGGGUGAACACAGGUUGCAAAGGCUGAAUGCAAUGGUUUUGGAUGCUAGUACAGAUGCAUCACAAAUUUCAAGUCCAAUUCUUGCUGGAAAUGGUGAGUUCUUGAUGAAACUAUCGAUCGGGACGCCACCGGAGGCCUAUUCUGCCAUUAUUGACACUGGCAGUGACUUGAUUUGGACUCAAUGUAAGCCCUGUACUAAAUGUUACAGUCAACCUACACCGAUCUUCGAUCCGAAAACCUCGUCGAGUUUCUCCAAACUGCCAUGCUCAAGUGAACUGUGCAAGGCAUUGCCUCAACCGACAUGUAAAGAUGGGUGUGAGUAUUACUACUCAUAUGGCGAUUACUCUUCAACACAAGGGAUUCUGGCCUCUGAAACAUUCACAUUUGGUGAUGUUUCUGUCCCGAAUGUUGGAUUUGGCUGUGGGGAUGAGAAUGAAGGAGAUGGGUUCACCCAAGCAGCCGGUCUAGUCGGUCUCGGCCGCGGGCAAUUAUCGCUUGUUUCGCAGCUUAAGGAGCCUAAGUUCUCUUACUGCUUGACCUCCAUUGAAGAAACACAAACAGGCUCACUCUUGAUGGGUUCAUUAGCAAGCUUGAAUAGUACAAAAACUGUAGUCAAAACCACACCUUUGAUCAAAAACCCAUCACAACCAUCUUUCUAUUAUCUUUCCCUAGAAGGAAUCACAGUUGGUGAAACCAAAUUAUCCAUAGACAAAUCCACUUUUGCACUCCAAGAUGAUGGGUCUGGUGGCCUAAUCAUUGACUCUGGCACAACGAUCACUUACUUAGAAGAGAGUGCUUUUGAUUUGGUAAAAAAGGAGUUCAAAGACCAAAUCAACCUCCCUCUGGAUCGGUCCGGCGCGACCGGGCUCGACCUCUGCUUCAUCUUGCCAAAAGGAGCAGAUGAGGUGAAGGUGCCUAAACUGAUAUUCCAUUUUGAUGGAGCAGAUUUGGAUUUGCCAGGAGAGAAUUAUAUGAUUGGAGAUUCAAGCAGUGGAGAGUUGUGCUUGGCUAUGGGUUCUUCAAAUGGAAUGUCUAUAUUUGGAAAUAUUCAGCAGCAGAAUUUGUUGGUCCACCAUGACCUUGAGAAGCAGACACUGUCAUUUGUUCCUACACAGUGUGAUCAGUUGUGAGAGAGGGGAAUAUAGAGAGACUUCCAU